AUGUUAUGCGAUUUAACUUCAGCACCUUCAAAUCACAUCAAAAUUUUAGGCAAUUACGAUGAAGCGAUAGCAAUUUUAGUGGAGUUUGAUCGACGGCAUCCCGGCUAUGCGAUCGUUCCGUUACGUCGUAUUGGCAUCGAGAGACGUAUGGCGAUUAGCAUGACUGCGAAUGGAGCGACUGUUGACUAUUCAUCGGUAAUUUCGCGUUUCGAACGUCUCAUACAAGAUGCACAAACACCCAGACGAUUGGCCACAUUCUAUGCGAUCAAACUGGCCAGAUUCCAUGCAAAGACGAGGAAUGACCGAAAAUUGGCCGAGAAAAUACUUCGUGAUGCGUUGAAUCGUGAUAAGGAUAGUCCCCAGCUGUAUUUGGCUCUUAUUGAUCUGGCCUAUGAGGCGCCAGAUUUUGACGAAAAAACCAUCUUGGAAGCGUUUGAUAACGCUUUGGAUAGUGAACAUUUGAGCAGUGAGCAAAAACUAAAGUUUUCCCAACGAAAAUUGGACUUCCUUGAAGAUCUCGGCACUGAUAUCAAAAUCCUUCAACAACAUUUGGAAUAUCACUCUCAGUUGCAAAAGUCCAUUGAAAGUACACCUUCGUCAUCGAAAAGAACGUCUGAUCAUUUAGCGAGGAGUGAUCACGCAGAUAAGAGAGUUUAUACGGGCAAUCCCGGCUAUCCCGUACCGUACAUACCGCCACAACAACCUCCUCAACAACCACAGUACUACGUUCCAGAUGUUUAUUCAGCGUCUCCCAUUCAGCAACCCCCAAUGAACGUCAUCAACCCGACUGCGUACUACUAUCCAGCUCAACCGACCGCUGUCGUAUCACAAAUCCAACAAACUUAUUAA